AUGUCUAGAGAAGCGACGAGUGAGCAGUCGUCAGUCCGUGAGGAAGUGGGCUACGACAAGGUCUUCCAGACAAGUCAUGACCCCGAAGAGGGCCUUUCCUGGUCGUCAGAGAAGGAAACGUCAGCCCAUUCUCUUGACGAGGAAGUGGAGAGUUGUGUUGGAAAAGGAGGUGUGGAAGAGGAGAUAAAUGAGGGAGAGGUUGAAGGUGAUGAUGGAGAAGAGGAUGACAGGGAUGAGGGUGAUGUUGACAAGAGAACCCUUGAAGCUAGAAGUUCAGGAAGCCUUAGGAAUGGGCAUGCCCAAAUGGAGGUAGCCAAACAAAAAGCACAGGUGAAGGCAGCUGCUGCGCAUAGCAAAGAGAAACAAAAAGCGAAGGGAAAGGAAGGGGCGUCCUCAUCAACCCCUAAGGCCGUCGAAAAGGGGGUGCCUAAGAGGAAGGCUGACGAGAAGGACAAUCGUCCUUCCAAGAAAGUCACUGUCACCCCCAGGGAUAAACUCCCGAAGAAGCCGUCACCUCUCAAGCUGAGCCACGACACAGGCAAGGGAUUAAUGACGAUGUCAGGCCCCAUAUCCCAGGGACUUGACCGUCGUCUUCUAACUCACAAGGACUACGCCGUUGAGAUGGUUGAGUCAAUCAUCAAGGAGAAGGACGUGGACCUUUGUGCUGAGGAAAUGACAAAGAAGCCGGGGGCGUCAGGCCUCUUUGACCUUGCUCGGGAUAGGAGCGUCGCCCAAGAAGGGGUGAUUGCUCGUCUUUGCAAACGCAACGGGACCUUGACCGACGAGCUAGAGCAGUACAAGGAAGCCCUUCGUACUCUCAAUACGGAGGUGAAUGAGCUAAGGGAGAAGCUGAAGAAGGUGGGUCAUCAGAAGAAGAAGGAGCAAGAAGCUAAGGCGACGGUAGAAAAAGAGCUGACGGCCCUUCUCGAGCAGGUGGAAACGGCCAAGGCUGACACCGUGAAGGAAUUCAAGGCUUCACAACCAUUUAUUGAUUCUUCCAAAGUCUACUAUGGUGAUGGGUUUGAGAAUUGCCUUAAACAGUUCAAAUCCAUCUACCCUCACUUUGAUUUAUCCAAGGUCCCUAUGGACGACCCCUUGUCGUUAACUCCUGUUUGCGACACUAUUUAA